AUGUCCAAGCCAUCAGUUCUCUUCGUGCUCACAUCCCACAACAAGCUGGGCGACACCGGAAAACCCACCGGUUGGUACCUUCCAGAGCUCGCUCAUCCUUACCAUGUCCUCCGCAACAAAGUAAACAUCACCGUCGCAUCACCCAAGGGCGGUGAGGCACCUCUAGACCCGGCAUCCGUCGAAGCAGCAAAAGACGACGUCUCCGUCAACUUCCUCAAGAACGACGAGCAAGUCUGGAAGAACACCCAGAAGCUGAGCGACUUCUCUGGAAAAGCCAAAGACUUCGACGCCGUCUUCUACGUUGGCGGUCACGGACCUAUGUUCGACCUGGCGGACAACCCAACUUCUCAGCAAUUGAUCAAGGAGUUCUGGGAGGCAGGCAAGAUUGUAUCUGCAGUGUGCCACGCACCUGCCGUGUUGUACGAUGUCAAGCUGAGCGACGGAAGCCUUCUUGUCGCUGGCAAGGAGGUUACCGCCUUCACCAACGCGGAAGAAGAGCAGGUCGGCUUGAGCAAGGUUGUGCCAUUCUUGCCUGAAGAUGCCUUGAACAAGGCGAGCGGAGGAAAGUUUGUCAAGGCUGCUGAGCCUUGGGGCGAGAAGGUUGUCGUUGUUGGCAACCUGAUCACUGGCCAGAACCCAGCUUCAGCGACGGGCGUUGGAGAGGCGAUCGCAAAGGCGCUGAAGGUUUAGGGGAAGCUGUUAGAUAGACAUAUUGAAAUGUAACAAAUAAUAAUCGUCAUCACCAGA